AAUGCACCAUUUCCCUGCAUAUUCCUUUCCUGUGAUCUCUAUUUAAUAUUAUUACGUGUUGACGAGUUUCAGGUUUUACGACCGAAGGCCAAGGCAUUGAGUACAUCAAGAAAGAAACAUGUCUCCUUUCUAUUAAUAUUUUUAUAUAUAAUAACAUUUCUUGAUCAGUCAUUAGCUUUUUUUUAUCCAUAUAAAAAAUACAAUUGAUUGAAGUUGAAUCCGAAGAGUUCAAACCAAAAACAAGAGGACUCUGUGCAAAUGGCUAUUCAAAAAGUGACUAAUGAAUCUCGGAUGGCAUUUCCCUUGAAUACUGUAGGAAUUUUGAGGGAGGCAGUCAAGUUACCAGCAAGAAAUGGGAAGUUGAUGCUUCAACUCAUGAUCUUCGUACUUAGCCCCUUAUAUUUCCUUGUCUUGAUUCACAAUCUUGUAGCAGGUCCUUUAAUACACAAGAUAGAGGAUGACUACGAGCAAUCAUCUGUUGAUCGAAAUGAUGUAAGAUCUCUUCUGGGUAUUGAACUCCUCUUCGUUGGAGUCUUUUCGAUUAUUUCCUUUUGUGGAAUCACAUUAAUCAUUUAUGCAGCAUCAACCAUUUAUAUUGGUAAAGAUAUAAAGUUCAAUGAUCUCUUCUCAUGGAUCAGGGCUUCAUGGAAAAACCCAUUGAUCACUUGGCUUGGGCUCUUGCUCUUAUAGUUUCUAUCAUGGAGGAAGACUGUGGUGGAAUUAAGGCUGUGGGAAAAGCCCGGAAAAUUAUCUCAGGAAGAGAAGUACAAGGGUGGUUUCUGAUGCUGAUUCUGACAGUAAUAAGCAUUCCGAUCUGUGUUGUGUUCUAUGUUACAAUAACAGAUGAUGAUGAUGAACUUGGUCUCUUCACUCAGUUUGCUUUUGGGUUCUUUUCAACUGCGAUCCUUUGCCUAGCUAUGUUUUUCACCUUUGUGGUUUUCACAGUUUUCUGCUAUGAAUGUGAGCAGAGACAUGGCGAGAUAGAAUCAGAAGCUGGGCACAGUUUGGUUUCACAUGAACUUGGAGUUCAUAAUUAGUGUAAUUUGGAAUUUGGACUCACUGGUUUUUAAUUUUGUCUUAUUUUUUGGUUUCUGUCUCCAUUGACAGCUCGUUAGUUUGGAUUAUAGUUAUAAUACUAGGACUGUUCUUGAAUUUGAUAUCAUGCAUCCUUUGAUCCC